GGACUCGUUAAUGUGGACUCUCGCUUUCUCCUGUCUGUCUGCCUGUCUGUCUGUCGGCGGCGCGUCACUGACAGUCUCGGUCACUAUGACGCUUUAGGGAAAACGCUGACGUGCUGGUCACGUGAUUCGAACAGUUUAAUUAGAAUUAUUUUAUUGCGUCACGUCCUGUUCCAGAAUCUGCAGCUAGAGAUCAAUAACUGAGCUUCAGAGCGACACAAACCUUCACAGCGAGUUUCCGGCGAUUAUCAACCACUCAGCGAUUUAAUCUUCUCCUUCCGAGUAAAAUGAAAUCGAACUCCACACUGACCUCACUGUAUGUGGGUGAUCUGCACCCUGAUGUCACCGAGAUGAUGCUGGCGGAGAUGGUGAGCCGUGCAGGACCCAUUCACUCUGUCCACGUGUGCAGGGACAAGAAGACCUUCUCCUCACGCGGUUACGCUUUCGUCAACUUUCUGCAUCGAGCUGAUGCCGCGCGAGCGCUGGAAAUGUUUGAUUCUGAGUUCCUGAUGGGGCGGCCCAUACGGAUGAUGAUGUCUCACAAGGAUCCGUCCAUGAGGAACACCGGCAUCAGAAACCUCAUCAUCAAAAACUUAGACAAGUCCAUUGACCAAGCGUCCCUGUUUGACCGUCUCUCCAUGUUCGGGAAGGUCCUGUCGUGCAAGGUUGUAAGUGACGAGAAGGGCCCCAAAGGCUACGCCUACGUCCAGUACCAGUCUCCAGAGGCAGCAGAAUUGGCGAUCAAGAAGCUGAACGGAAAGCUGCUGAACGACCGUCAAGUUUUCGUUGAACACGUCAAGGUCCGUGAGCGGCGCGAGACUGAGGCAGGCCCCAGCUCUCAACCGUUCACCAACGUUUUCAUUAAAAACCUGGCUGAAGACGUGAACGAUAGGCAGCUGAGCGUCAUCUUCAGCAAGUUCGGACCUCUGUUGAAUGUCCACGUGGGGAAAGAUGAGAACGGGAAGUCCAGGGGCUUCGGCUUUGUGAGGUUUGCGAGGCACGAGGACGCGCAAAGGGCUGUGACAGUGAUGAAUGGAAAGGUGCUGAAUGGUAAGCGAGUGUACGUGACCCGAGCACAGACUAAAGAAGAGAGGCAGGCUGGAUUCAGACAGAAGUUUGAGCAGAGUCUGAAUGGCAGGGAGGUGACGAACAGCAGGAUGUGGGGCAGGAAGCCAGGGUAUGUGGGUGUGGCUCAGAAGAAGGACGAACACCAGGUUUACCUUCCCCCUCAGCAGCGGUUGGCGAGCGUACAGCGAAACAACGCGCUGAACAUCCGCCAGCCUGUGCCGCCUCCCUGCUCCGUCCCGAACUCCGUUCCUGAGAUGUGUAGGACUAAAAAAUCUCCAGCCGUAGACACGGUCCCACCUGAAGAAAGCGUCCCAGCUGCUAAGAACGAGUCGUCUGUGGAAAGCGUCCCAGCUGUUGAGACAGCUCCAGUUGUGGUUCCAGUUCCAACUGCAAAAGAACUUCAGGCUACAACUGAUGCAGUGCCUCCUACAGCUGUGUCACCUGUGUGUGAAGUUCAGCCGGACAAGGACACGACAGAUGGACCCACAUCAGCAUCCGCUGGGAAAAGGCUGACCAUCUACAUGUUAGAAUCGUGUCCUGUCGAUGAACAAGUCCAGCUGGCACAUGGUCACUUGUUGCCUCUUGUUGCGAAAAUCCACCCGAACUUGGCAAAUAAGAUCACCUGGAUGCUUGUGGAAAACCAGAACAAUUACGAAAUCGUGAAGAUGAUCGGCGAUCCUGAGCUCCUGUAUGCCAAAGUGGCUGAAAUGGACGCGAUCCUGAAAGCGAGGGAAGCUGGUCUCAAGCCGGAAGCCAUCAAGAUGCUGUUCGGUGACAAGAACAAGAAAAGAAGGAAGAAGAAUAAUAAGAAGAAUGGUUUUUAACAAAAAAAAAAAACACU